AUGGUCAGUCACCACUUGCUCGCUAUCAUCUUCGGCAUCUUAGGAAACGCAAUAUCCUUCUGUGUAUUCCUCGCUCCAGUGCCAACGUUUUAUAGAAUAUACAAGAACAAAUCAACUGAAAGUUUCCAGUCUCUACCAUACCAAGUGUCACUAUUUAGCUGCAUGCUAUGGCUCUAUUACGCAUUGACUAAACAAGACGCUUUUCUCCUAAUCACCAUCAACUCUUUCGGCUGCGUCGUGGAGACUAUCUACAUCGCCAUGUUCUUCGCUUACGCUACCAGGGAGAAAAGGAUCGCGGCUAUGAAGUUGUUCUUAACGAUGAACGUUGCAUUCUUCUCGUUGAUUCUAAUGGUUACACAUUAUGCGGUUAAAAGCCAUAGCAUCCAAGUCUCUGUCAUCGGCUGGAUUUGCGUUUCUAUAUCUGUUUCUGUUUUCGCUGCCCCUCUAAUGAUCGUGGCGCGUGUGAUAAAGACCAAGAGUGUGGAAUUCAUGCCCUUCACGCUUUCGUUCUUCCUCACACUAAGCGCUGUUAUGUGGUUCGCAUAUGGCUUAUUCCUCCACGACAUAUGCAUAGCUAUUCCAAACGUGGUGGGAUUCAUACUAGGGAUGGUACAAAUGGUUUUGUAUGGAGUUUACAGAAACUCAGGAGAGAAAGUAGAUAUUGAGAAAAAGAUUAACAAUUCAUCAUCAGAACAGCAACUUAAGACUAUUGUCGUGAUGAGUCCUUUAGGUGUGUCGGAAAUGCACCAAGUUGACGUCAAGGUGAUGGAACCGGUGAUUCCACUCUCUUACACUGUUCAUCAUGAAGAUCCAUCCAAAAUUACUAAAAAGGAGGAGCCCUCAACUUAAGCGGGACAAGGCCAUGUGGAGACUGCCCCGUCUUGAAUCUGUUAAGUGUCGCCAAUAUAUAUAUUUGUUUCAAGAAGAAGAAGAAACAUAUAUCUCUCCCACUCUCUCUCUUCUUACUCUUGGCUCCUCGGCCAGCUAAAGAAUGGAACUGUAUCGGUGAUUUGUAUCCAUUUUUUUUCGUAUCUUAUUUAUUGGUAUUGGU